CCCUUUAGCUUUAAUAUUACAAAAUAUUCAUUAUAUUAUAGAUAUAUCUAAGCUUAUGUGUUUUUAUCAUUCAAUUAAAAUAAUUAUGGUUAUUAAGAUGCCUUUAGUUAUACCUCAAGUUUAUAACCUUUAUAAUGUAAAUUCCUUUACCUGUCCCUUAUGAUAUAUCGAAACCAGACACAUACUCGCUCAUAUCGCCAUCCAGUUCAUGCGUAGCAAUAACAGCUGAUCGUAUGUUUUACUCACCUGUCGACGUGGAACGAUGCAAGGUUAUCAGUGAUAAGUGUUAUGUGUGCGUUUUAGUGAAUGUGUACUCGGCUAUCGCCAAUCCCACGUGUGAAACUAUUCUCUUGAGUGACGUAGUGAAUAAACUUCCAGACAUUUGCGAAACUCAUCUCAUUCGUGGCUCUAUUGACGUUUUUCAUAAGAUAAGUUCGAAUUAAUGGAUUUUUGUUCAAUCCGAACCUGGCAAAUGCCACAUUAGUUGUAAUAGAAAUAUAGAUAGCAUAGACAUUAUUUUGUUUGGUACUGGCAUCUUAUCGUUCCCUAAAAACUGUAAGGCAUUUUAUAAAACUCUACAGUUUACUGCUGUUAGCGAGAUAACGUUAGGCACUUACAGUAACGAAAUUUUUAAUUUUAACAUCUUGUUGGAUGAUUGUUGUGAAAGAUCUAAGAUAAAUAAAACUUCCGAUAAAUUACCUUAUUCAUAAUUAAGUAAUAUUGAUAAUCUCGAUUCUUUACUACACGCCAGUACUCAUCUAAAUUCAUUCGAACAAGAAUUAAAUAGAUUAGAGAAUCCAUCUCAUUUUGAGACCUAUGGUUAUACAUUAUUUGUCUAUAAGCUAUGUUGCUAGUUUUAUAAUAUUCUUAUACUUAUUAUAUAAAUAUCUCAGAAUCUUUUGUAAAAGUCCUUCAUCUCAUUGCAUUCAAAUAUUCAACCAAUGUCGUAAUAAUAAAAAAUCUAAGACAAAUCCUAUAUCUCAAGUGGUCAUCUAUAAGGAUCGACCAAUAUCAGAUGAUUUGACUACAUCUGAUUCUUCAGAGGAAGCUGAGAUAAAAGUAGUACCAGCUCCUCUAAAACGAAAUCUUGUAAUUAGUUCCAAAUCUCAUAAUCCCUAAGUCUAUCUCUUCUUAAAGCAAUGAUUCUAUUUCAUGUGUAUUUCAAUGUCCUAAUCUUAAAUAUUGUAUGUCGUCUCUAUCCUAAUCCCAAUAAUUCAAUGUCGUCAUCUUAUGACCUAACUCUAAUCUGUGUCAAUCUUUAAUUUUGAUCAAAAUGUAAGUUAAAUAUUGUAGUUAAUUGUAAUAAAACCAGGUAAAUCUUGUUGUUAUUUCAGAACAAAAUCUAAUAAACAAUCGAUACUUACCUAGUUGUUUUUACCAAUA